AUGUCUUCAUAUUUUAGAGAAUUAUUUCCUUCAAAUAGGACUGUAAAAUUUAGAACUGAUUUCCGUAACACGAUAUAUGACCUCUUCUUGCAUAGAAAAUGGGAGCUCACUAAUCAUGAAACAGAGUGGAAUUUGUGCUGGUCCGAAAAGGACUGGAUAAACGAAGUGUACGAUACCAUAACUCUCAAAAAUAAUCAGUACGUUAAUCACUUUAGGAAUUAUUAUGAACUCACUCGCAAAGACUUGCUGGCUAAAAAUAUUAAAAGACUUAAAAAGCAAAAUGAAAAAACAAAGAACGAUGAAGAAAUAAAAAAUUUAGAUAUAACACCCCUCACAUUUGUUUUGCCAUUAGAGUACAAAAUAUUUUUCGAGGAAUAUAAAAAAAAGAGUAAUCGCAUAUGGAUCAUGAAACCGAUAGGGAAAUCACAGGGAAAGGGAAUAUUCCUGUUUGACAAAAUUGCGCAAAUUAAGGAAUGGAGUAGUAGCAAGUGCAAACAGGUGGAAGAGAAGGAAAAAAAUAGGGAUAGAGCUAAAGAUAGGGGUAAGGACAAAAGUAAGGAACGAGCUGUGAAUAGAUCUGUGGACCUCGACACAGAACGGGAAACAGAAGCGGAAGGGGAAAAGGAAAAAGAGAAGAGAGAACAAUACAUUGUCCAAGAGUACAUUUCUAAUCCUUUACUAAUCGGUGGGAAAAAAUUUGAUAUACGACUGUACGUGUUAAUUUUGUCAUAUUCGCCUUUAACUAUAUAUUUGUAUAGAAGUGGUUUCGCUCGAUUUUCCCAUACAUAUUUUAAAAAUGAAAAAAAUAAUAUAAAUGAUAUAACUAUGCACUUAACUAAUGUGUCUAUACAAAAAAAUGCACAAGGAUAUGAUGACAAUGUAGGUGGUAAAUGGUUUGUACGAGAAUUGUUUUUAUAUAUGAUAAGUCGCUACGGAUAUAAUGAUAUAAUGAUGUUAAUUAAAAAUAUUGAAAAUUGCAUUAUACAAUCCUUUUUAGCUGUUCAUAAAAUUAUAAUUAAUGAUAAGCAUUGUUUUGAAUUAUACGGAUUUGACAUUCUCAUCGAUAAUAACUUAAAACCUUGGCUGAUUGAAGUUAAUUCCUCUCCUUCGUUCUCAUCCAACACGAACGAAGACUACACCUUAAAAUUUAAUAUGUUAGACGAAUUAAUGACUUUAAUAAAUAUAGAAAAAUAUACUAUUCCACAUACAGACCGAGUCGGAGAUUUCGACUGCAUUUAUAGAAAUGGGGAAAGGGUUCAUAGCAUAGAUCCCUACAAUUUCUAUUCCCAUUUGGGGGCUUAUUUAUCAGGUACUGAAAAUUUAAAACGAAUGGCAAAAAAUGUCAAGCUGCAGUUAAAAAUGAGCAUAAAUUCGACGAAUUGUUAG